UAUUUUAUUCUAUUUCUUUAUUUUCCCCGGAGUCCAGGAAAUCCACAAGAAAUUAUAGUGGCUGAGAUUUCUCCGGGCCUUCCCCCAGUGUAUGUGAGGUAGAAAGAAAGCGAUGCCCAGACGCUGGCUUUAGCCCUUCCGCUCUUCUCCUCCUCUGCCCUCCGAGAAGCUUCCGCAAGAUGCCAUUGCCACUGACCUCAGUCUCCCCCUCUCUCUCUGCCCUCCCCAAUCUCCAACCCACUUCUUGAAGAGAGUUUGGUUUACCCACCCAUAGAUUCGAUCGUUGGUUAGUUGGAGAUGUGGGAGGGGUAGUGGGAGAAGGAAGAAAGGAUAAUGUGCGGGUGUUUUUGAUGCGCCCAUGGCGGUCGCCCGAGCCGCUGGCGACUGGAUUGAUUCGGUUUGAUUCUGUUGAGUUAUGAGGUACUAUUUCCGGCAAAUAGAGCGAGUGGUAGGAGACAUGGAGGGAGGAUCGCUGCUGUUUGUGGAUGAUUUGAACUCGAAGUGAUCUGUGGUUAUUUUCUUGUGCUUGCUCUGCCGAAAUUUGGAGUUUGGAAAUGGAAGCAAAUUCCUUGAGGAAAGACUUGGUUGUGAAGACUAGGAAGCCUUACACGAUCACAAAGCAGCGAGAGAGGUGGACAGAGGAGGAGCAUAACAGGUUCCUUGAAGCUCUGAAAUUGUAUGGGAGAGCUUGGCAGCGUAUUGAAGGUCAUAGAGCAUAUAGGAACAAAGACAGCUGUGCAGAUUAGGAGUCAUGCACAAAAAUUCUUCACAAAGUUGGAAAAAGAAGCUGUGCUGAAGGGCAGUCCUCCAGGACAAGCUCAUGACAUUGAUAUUCCUCCCCCAAGACCUAAAAGGAAACCAAGCACUCCAUAUCCUCGGAAGAGUUGGGUUGGUUCUGUCUCUCCAACUGGGGAUGCAAUGAAUGACAAAUCAUCAAAAUCUGUUUCUCUUGUGAGCACCAAUAAACAAGUCUGGGACAUGGGAAGUGAUACACCUCAAAAGAAAUUUGCUGCAACUUUAACAUUGCAAAAGAGAGUGGUUUCUGAAGACGGAAGCUGCUCAGAAGUUCUUAACUUCUUUCAAGAUGCUUCGUCUGCUUCCAUCUCUUCUGUGAACAACAGCUCUUCAAAUCCUCACAUGGAAUUUGUGCCCAAGAUGAAAGAAAUAAAGGAGACUACAAGAGACAAAUCUUCUGUCUCUGUUGAAGUGAAUAAGGAUAUAAACAUAAAUGUGACAGCCUAUAUGGCUCAGGAAAUUCAAAGACCUGAAAGAUUUCACAUAGAUUCACAAGCAAAUUUAGAUCAUGAAAAGGGUGCAGAUACAUCAAAGCAGCAAGAUAGCCUUGGUUCAUUAUUAAGGGACAAUAUGCAAAGCAAUUAUAGCAAUUCAAAACAUGUUCCUGUGCAUUUAUUAGACAAAAAUAGUGAAGAAGUCGAGCAGACAACAGACUCUGAUGUACAUAAUUUCACAGCAGUUCCUGGCCAAGUGGGAGGAGUGCAUGAGAAUUCCAAGUCAUUCAUCAAUCCUAUGGUUUCUGCCACACCAAAGCUCCACAACAGUUCUGCAAUGCCUUGUAUUCACCAACCAUUUCCUGCCUUGCCACCCUUUGCCAUAUCCCACGGCAAUCAAGAUGCUUAUAGGUCAUUCCUCAACAUCUCAUCCCCCUUCUCUAGUCUCAUCAUGUCUACCUUAUUACAAAAUCCAGCAGUUCAUGCAGCAGCCAGCCUGGCAGCAUCAUUCUGGCCAUCUGCAGAUGUGGAUUCUUCUACCAACUCAACUCCAGAAACCCAAUCUGGGGGAUUUCCAUUAAGGCACAUGAACCAUUCUCCAAGCCUGGCAUCUAUCACUGCUGCUACAGUUGCAGCUGCAUCAGCAUGGUGGGCAACUCAGGGGCUAUCGCCAUUAUUCCCACCUCCUCACAUUGGUUUCACAUUUAAUCCACCAGCUGCAACCACAAUUCCCACAGUGGCCACAGCUCAGGCUCCAGAAUAUGAGACAGAAGGAAAAGAAGGCGCAUUUCAGAAUCUUGUAGCAGAAGAUCAAGUUGGAAAUCCAGCUCAAUCUAUGGAUUUAAAUACACGACAUGCUUCUCCUAAAUCAUCAUCAUCGUCAGAAGCAGGGGAUUCAGAUAACAGUGGAAGUGGUGAAAGAUCACAUUGCACAGAGCUCAAAGCUUCUAGAACUAACAAGUUUAAACCAUUAACAGCAACUGGAUUUAAUGAUCAUGAUAAGACAAAGAGCAAUAAGAAAACUGAUCGUUCUUCAUGUGGCUCCAAUACACCUUCAAGCAGUGAAGUUGAAACAAAUACCAUACUGGAUAAGCAUGAGAAAUUCGACGAUGAAGCUAAACAAGCCUAUUUCAGUAAUCCUUUAGCUGCCCAGACUAACAAUCGCAGAUCUCGAAGCAAUGGGACCAUUAAUGAGUCGUGGAAAGAAGUCUCUGAGGAGGGUCGACUUGCCUUCCAAGCACUCUUCAGUAGAGAAGUGCUGCCACAAAGCUUUUCACCUCCACAUGCUGAAGAUACAAUGGCCAAAGAGAAUGAAGCUGUUACCUUGCCAGUCGAUCUUAACAAGGCAUGUGAAACAACCGAUCUCAAUCAUCUUCAUGGCUUUACAAAGGAGAUGUCAAACAGAAGCAAUGACAACACCGGAAAAGGUUCUUUGACAAGUGAAAUUGGUCAGGGGAAGCUGAAGUCUCGUCGAACAGGAUUCAAGCCUUAUAAAAGGUGUUCAAUGGAAGCUAAGGAAAACAGGACAGCAGCUGUUGAAGAGACUGCUAACAAGAGGGUACGUCUUGAAGGGGAAGCUUCAACCAGAUAGCAUGGAUGAAAGAACUCAUGUAAGCCAGGUUGCUGCUCCUGGCAUGUUAAGAUUAGUUAUGCAACUUAUGAGACAUAAAGUAUGCUAUGCACCUUGGCUUCAAAACUUAUGUUACUCGUUGUAUUGAAAUAAUCUCUGGAAGGUGAACUGCUUAUAACCUUGCCUUUUCUCCACUCUGACACUACAUAAGUAUUUUGUUUGGCAUUCCGAAUCAUGAACUCCUUGAUCAAGAUUGAUGUCUUUGCAGCAAGCACCUUGGAGUUCUGUGCCUUACAGAUGGCUCAACGAUGCUAUCUGUUUGGAUAUGGUACUUGUGAUAAAGCUUAGAGUGAGCAAUCUUGUCUGGAUUGGCAUAAAAUUACACAAGACAUAUGAUCCAUCAUGCAAGCUUAAAAGCUAUUGGUUCCAAUUUUUCAAGGAUAAAGCAGAAUAUAAGACAGGUAUCUUUGUUACACCAUGUAAGAACUUGAAAAUAUCAGAUGGAACUAGUAUUGCAGCAGUAAAUGUCAACAUUUACAGAUCAUCUCAAGGAGAAGCAUAUGGAUUGACU